CAACAUUCCGCUCUCUCCUGUUUGAUCACUCCUUUCUCUCUCUCUCUCUCUCUCUCUCUCUCUCUCUCUCUCUCUCUCUCUCUCUCUCUCUCUCUCUCUCUCUCUCUCUCUCUCUGGUUCACUCCCUCCUCUCCUCUCCCGAUCAGUCUCUAUGUGAAGGGAGUUCCGUAUGGUCACAGACUCGGCUGGUGGAAGAAGUCAAAGCAAGGUAGUAAAAUGGAUUGGUGUCAGUCCGAGCGUUGGAAAGGGCAGAAAGUGGAAGACAGCAGAACCCAAGGAGAACUUCAAAGAGGUGAUGCCGGAGCAGCUGGUGUUACAAUUGGAGCUUCUGCUGAUGGAGGCGGAGCUAAGUGUGACGUCAUUGCGUACGAUCCAAAGAACCUAUGAUGUACAGAACAAGGACACUGAGGUGAGGCAUCGCUGGUGUGAGCUGCUGGUCAAACACAAAUACACUCAGGCUUAUGGAGAUGUGGAGCACUUCCUCAUUCACCACAAGGCCAUGGGUGUGUAUCUGUAUGGAGAGCUGACGGUUCAGGAGGACUCUGGGCAGCAGGUUCUGGCUAGGCGCUGUCUCUCAUUGGUCCAGGACGAGAUGGACCAAUCAGCUCACAGAGUGGUGGAGGAGAUGGUCCUAUGAGCUGGCACACAACUGGUACUGACCCGCCCAGCUGAGCCUUCUCAUAACUAUAGGCUGUCCAGCUGCCCGCCUUGGGACAUGGGAGGGAGAGGAAACACUGAGGAGUCACAAGUAAUGCUCUCACUACUUCUUCUCCAGACAGGAAGACAGAACCAGACUCCAACUUCUAUAUGGCGUCAUGUCCUUAUUUCCUUUCCUGCAUAAUCACUGAAGUGAAAGCAAAGAUGGUGGAUAAACGAAGAUGUCCACUCAGGACAUUUACCAUUGAAAAAAAAACGUGUCAGUUCCAGUCUGCUUAACAUGGUGGCUCUCCCAUAGGCACCAAUGCAUUAUCAGCUGGGUCUGGUCUGCUUAGUUCAUUGACUGUAUAUGAACCAGAAAAAAUGAGGGACUGGGAUGUCUUGCUUCCUCUUCAGUCUUUGAUUGAACCUGGUCAAAAGUAGUACAAUAUACAUUGGCCAGUUUAUUAGGUACACCCAUCUAGUACCGGGUCGGACCCCCCUUUGCCUCCAGAACAGCCUGAAUUCUCAGAGUCAUGGAUUCUAUGUUCAGAAACGCUGUGGCUUUCAAACGUUGCUCAAUUGGAAUCAAGGGACCUAACGUGUACCAGGAAAACAUUCCCCACAGCCACCAGACU